CUCUUGAAGCUCAUAUACCAGCAUAACACAGCGAGGCGAAAUAAAUUCGAAGCAGCGAAACUCGAGGGAUUUUCCACGACUAACGAGGCUAAAAUGCCUCAACUACCCAACAGUUCAACGGAAGAUCUUGGCGCGGACGAUGAAGUGAAAGAAUAUAAGCAGGAAGAUGGUGAGGACUCCGAGAACGGUGCGCAUUUGGACCUCGUGAACGAUAUCAAGUCCGACCUGAUCAAAAAGGAGACCGAAAAUUCAGAGGAUUCUAAACAAAGGUCAGAUGCAAGUUCAGCACCAAUUGCCCAACUUCUUUCUUUUCCUGAUCGUUACAAUGAACAUUUAAACUCUGGCUCUCACUCGGGUUAUUCUCGAGGGGGCCCUGUGCCCACAUCACAAGAUGACAUGAAGCAUGUUCUACAACGUGGGCAUGGCUCACGACCAGCAGGUAUCUUUCACCCAGCUCAUCAUCAUCCAUACCCGACUGCCCCACAGUAUCAAUACCCUAUGUACCCUGGAGUAAAAGGACCAGAGAGUAGAAGAUAUCAUUAUGAUCCUCCAUUGUGGCAACCCCACUCGCCAAUCAUCAGCCAACCACCAUCUCAGUAUCCAAACUAUCCAAGCCAAGUUGGACCAACAUCGGCUGGCAUUCAAAGACUAACCCACCCAACAAUAACGGCAGACCCCCGUGGGGUCUGUUGUCCACCACCCCCUCCAAACCAAACAGUUAUAAAUCGUACCCCAUCAACUUGUGGAACUGGAAGUUUGUUAUCGUCACAGAGCAUUCCAGCAAUGCCUGAUCACCCGCGAAUGGAUACUUCAGUAAGUGGAAAUAACGGACUUCCCAAAGGCCACGUCAAGAAACCUCUUAAUGCAUUCAUGUUGUAUAUGAAGGACAUGCGCUCUAAAGUCGUAUCAGAGUGCACGUUGAAAGAAAGCGCAGCAAUCAACCAGAUACUUGGAAAAAGGUGGCAUGCACUGGACAGACAAGAACAAGCAAAGUAUUAUGAAAUGGCAAGAAAAGAACGAGCCUUACACAUGCAAUUAUACCCUGGCUGGAGUGCAAGGGACAAUUACGCACAACAAGGGAAAAAGAAGAAGAGAAAAAGAGAUAAAUCGCAAGCAGAAAUCACAAAUCCAAAAAAAUGUCGAGCAAGAUACGGUCUUGAUAGACAACAGGAGUGGUGUAAACCAUGCAGACGGAAAAAGAAGUGUGUCAGAUUCCUGGCUGGUGGGGCAGGUUCACAAGACUUAUCUCCGGGCAGCAAUGCAACUAAUGUAGAAAGCGAAAAUAUUGAUGCAAACAUUGAAAGCAGUAGUGCAGGAAUGCUAACAACAACAAACUCUACGACGCCAACUUCAUAGUAUUAUGAACUUUUAUGAAUUAUUAUUAUUGUAGAGUUGAAAUUUUAGUAUCCCAGAGCCUAUUUUAGUAGAAAGUCAGUGCUACUGAUGUUUUAUAGUUGCUGAAAAUGCUCGUGCCUUUUUCUCAAGCCCCAAGGCACAUAAAUGCAACCUUCUGUAACAUAUUUUGAGUGUAACAGACACUGUUGGGCUAUAUUUUCAGGAUACUUUGACAGGUUGCAACCCAUUCCCUAAUUUUCAGUCAGAAAGCAAAAUUAAACCUUGAAGUAUGAGAUGAUUCAUACCUUGAAACACUUCACGAAUGCUGAGAUUUUCCUGAAUUUUUGUUGAUUUGAAUGGGAUGGACAGGAGAAAUUGUUUGUGACAUGCCUUGUGACUAUUGCAUAUUGAUUACAGAAACUAUUCUUUACGUUGAGUUUAAAAGAGUUUUUGCUGACUGUAUUUUAUAUAGCCAGAUGCAAUUUCACAGCAUUUCUAAGUUAAUUAUGGAGCGAGACUUGGUGCCUGUGUUCAAAAACAAGAAAAAGUGAGCAAGGAACAAUUUCUCUCUGCCAUUGUCAUUCAAGUUAACAAGAUGGUCAAAAUUUCUGCUCUAAGAGAUCUGAGCCCAUUUUAACCCUUUAAAUCCUUGAACUAAACAUUUAGUUUGUUGAUAUUAAUAGGAUUUUUUCUUAAUCCAAAUUAAAAAGAAAGAGUUUUUACUCCUCAUUAUAGUUGUUUUAUGGUUAUUAAGGAAUAAGAUUUUCAUUUGGAAACAAAAAAAGAUAUAAGUAAUGAAUUCCUCUGGUUAUAUAAUCCAGUUGAAGAUUAUUUCAAUUUUUGAUAAUAAAACCAGAUGUCAAAUAUAAUGGACCAUUUAUUUUGCCGCUUUGUGUAUAGAAAUUAUUCACAACCUGGUUUGUUCAUGAAUAUAAUUACCUCAGUAUCUCAACUUGACCAGUUCUGUAAGUAUACUUUCCUUGUUUGUGUAACAUGUGUAUAGAUCUUCUAAAAAUGUGUAAUAUAGUUUACUACCAGUUUGGUCUUCUAUGUGUAAAUCUUUCAUGUUUAACUGUAGGCAAAACGUGAGCCAAAGAUUACCGUAGUAUAUAUGCACUGACACUGUGAAUCUGUAUUUCUUCUCUUCAUUUUUUUUUUGUCGGGUAUAACUGAACUCAAGGGCCCAGUUGUUCAAAGGGUAGUAAAGGUAUCCAACAGAUAAAUUGUUAUCUAGUGUACUGUGUUGUCCACCAGAGGUUCAUCCAGUGGAUAGCAUUCUGCAACUUUUGAAUAACCGUGGCCAGGAAAUUCAGAAAACUUGUGAAAGAUUUGAAAUAAAUUAUCCCAUAUCUGGCUUACAAAAAUUUUAAUUUUAGUGGAAUUGGUGGCCUUGGUCAAUAUUUGAAUAUAUAUUUGAGUUGCUAGUCUACAUGUAGACUAACUCCACUGGUUUUCAUCUGGUUGUAAGCUAAAGUCUUAGUCAAGAUGUUUGCUGACUAUUAGACCCAGGAUACAUUGUCUAGCUAUUAGUAGUGUUGAGCCACCUUCAAUGAACAGUAGAACAAAUGUUCAUAAAUUACCAUUGAACCGAA